GAAUGGCCCACUGACAAGUCCUUCUGUCUACGCCGCUCGCUGUCAACUCUGUUGCAGCUAUAAAGGAUGCCCUAUCUAAUGCUCACUCAUUCCACCAUUGAUACUAGACUCGCUCACACCAUUCAACCGUAGCAUGCCCUCUCAACACAUCCUAGCGCUGAUCGGCCCGGCUUGGGGUCAUGCGCUACCUUACAUUCACCUUGCCACGCGCAUGUUGGCUUCGGAUCCGGACUUGGUGCUGACGAUCGUGCAGCACAACAUCCUAGUGCCCAAGAUGGUGAAGGAGCUGGGCUCCUGUUCGUACGAUGUUAACAGGUUGAAGAUCGAGGGUGUGGGCGAUCCCGACAUGCAAUUUUCGCCCCUGGCCAUGGAAGGGAUGACCAAGCAGCUCACGUCUGGAUGGCUUGAGUUCCUCACGAAGGCAGUUGCCGGAGGCUCCACAUGGCCCAAGCCGAGGACGCUGCAUAUGGAUUUCUUUGGAGGGGCAUUUGUUAUCAAAGAAUCGAAGGCCUUGUUAGGGCCGGAAGGCAAGAUCCUGUUCUGGAACUCCGCUGGGGUCACAGCCUGCGUGGACACUUUCAGCAAAUACGACUACGGCAAAACUGCGCGUGAGAUAUAUGCUGAGGAGAGCAAGCGAGCGGGAAGAACAAUUGAGGAGAUAAUCGGCGAUGUCGCGUGCGCUGCGAAUGGCAGCGACAAACUCGAUGGACGGGCCCUUGAUAUUCUCGGUGGUCUGAAAAUAUACGACCAUGAACAUUUUGCGCAGGGCGCGGGAUCACAGCGCCAAUUUGCCCCGCUGAUGGCAUCAGCGCAAGAGAUGGCUCACUUGGUGGACGGAUUUUUUUGUCCUACUAGCAGUGCUUUGGAGCCGGUCACCGCCCCCCUCUCUCGCGAAUUUUACAAGCAGCGGGGACAAGAACUGUUCCUCGUCGGUCCUCAGAUGCACGAUGAUGAGUGGGAGGCACCCUCGGCAGGUCCCGGACCCACCGAUGAGAGAGUGAAGACAUUCUUGGAUGAAUCACGCAAGAAAUACGGCCCGAAAUCUGUUUUGUACAUCUCUUUCGGCUCUAUGUUUUUCCCCUUAGCGACCCCUCAUCUGGUCGAGGUGAUGAUUGAUGUGCUGUUGAGUCUGGAGACUGUGAUUCCCUUCGUCUUCGUCCUGGCCGGAGCGAUGGCUUCCUUGCCGAAAGAGACUAUCGAUCGCAUUCACGCCAGCGGCAGAGGACUAGUCUGUGCUCACUGGGUCGAUCAGAAAGCCAUCUUGAAAGGCGGCACGAUUGGUUGGUUUUUGACUCACGGCGGUUACAACUCGUUGACCGAGGCGCUGAGUCAAGGCAUCCCGCUCCUCUUCUGGCCGAUCGGUGCGGAGCAAGCUGUCAACGCGGCGAUCCUAUCGACAGGUCCACGUCCCAUUGGGAUCGAGCUCUUCCAGGUAUUUGCCAGCUGCUUAUCAGAAAAAUAUCCAGUGAUUCACAAUGAAAAGAUCCGAGCUGGCGCGCAACUGGGUCCUUCGCUUCGUCCGGAAGCGCCCAAGAUCACGGGCACGGUCGAGGACGCAAGGACUGAGUUCCAGCAGGCGUUCUCUGACCUCAAAGGAUCGAGAGGUGAACUCCUCGGAAAGAAUGCUGUCCGCGUCGGAGAGUUGUGGCGUGAGGAGAGAAUCAACGGAGAACCCGUCCAGGAGAUCGCGAGGCUUACCAGGUUCUGA